AUGCAUCGUUUUCGAAAAAAGCAAGAUUUGAAAAAACAACUUUUAGCAGGACAAGUUAGUAACUUGGUCACUACUAACGAAAGUCAGGUCUCAACUAGUACAGCCAACAAAAUUAGUACUAGUUCGGAAACGCCCUUACUUCCUCUAACUUCAGACUUUCGUACCUCACUCAUCCUUCCCACUUUGACAAAGCGAUUUAGUGUAUUACGUAGAGGAGAAAAUUCAAAUAAUAAUAAUAAUGGUGCAUCAACGAAAACAAGCUCUAACACACAAGUUUUCCCUCCAGAGAUUUAUAAAUCACAAGCUUCCCAACCUUCCCUACUUAGCGAAAACACCACCACUACGAAUGAAGUAUCAAAGAUAGAAUCAGAUAUAGUUAAUGUAAAGAAUUUAAGGAGAAUAUCUUCAAAAGGGUUAUUAAUAAAUCCAACAAAGGGUCGACCAAAGCUACCAAGAAUACGACCACCGUCAAUAUCACAAGUACAGCAAGGGUUCUCAUGGCAAAAUGAAUUUACUACAAUUUCUAACGCUCCGUCAUUAUUAUUAACAAAUUUUGUAAAAUCAACGCAACAAAUUUCACCUACAAAAAAUUCACCAAUCAGAUUAUCACCAAGAGAAACAGAUUUUUAUGAUAAUGAUGAUGAAAUAUUUCUUAAACAACCACGUUCCCCGUUAGAUAAAUUAUCAGAAGGAUUAUAUAAUCUUACAAUUCAAACAUCAUCAAACCGGUCUACCACUUCACCAUCAUUUAGAACAAGCAACUUAUCACAAACAUCUCCACGUUCAUUGGAAGUAUCACCAUUUAUCGAAGAGGAGGAAAUAAAAUCAUCAAUACAGAAAUCACCUAGUAUCAAUUCAUUAAGGAAUUUUGAAAAUGAAAAUAUUUACAAUUCUGAUAGAGCGUCAACCACAUCAACGAUAGGUAAUGACAAUAAUGAUAGCAAUAGUAGCAACAAUAAUGAUAGUAUUGAUAACGAAGGAGAUGAUGAAGCAGAAAAUGAACAACCAGGAAUAAGAGAAUCAACCACUUCAAGUAUGACUAAUACGACUAACAUGACUAAUAUUACUAGCAUGACAGGUAUGACUACUAUCUCAAGCACGUCAAAUAUUACCACGGAAUCUCAGGUGAAAAAUCCAUCUCGUGGAAAGGUAACACCACCACCAAAACCGCACCCACCUCCUUUGUCUCUUACUGAUACAUUAAUAGCUUCAGGUCAGUCAGAUAUUGCUCAUCAAAAUACAGGAAUAAAAACUAUAUCAGGUCCACAAUUAGUUUCUACAUCGUCUAACGUUAAGACAAUACCAAUAGUACAAUUGGGUCAAAUAGAUGAUGAAAAUAAAGUUCGUAGAAAAUUCUCGUUGCGUGAAAGUGAAACUGGUAUUGGUAAAUCAUUGAGAAGAAUAAAAGAUGUAUUUAUUAGUGAUAGUGAAUCUUUAUUUGGAAAAAAGCGUAUGUCUCCAAGUUCUUCUAAUGAAAACUUAUCUCGUAAGUUUGCAUCCGAUGAUAAUUUAAAUCAAAGAUUUACUAACAAUGAAAAAAGGGGAUUUGAUUUUGUAAAAAGACGUGCAUUUAGUACACGGGAGAAUAAUAAACCUAAUGAUAAAUUAAAACAAGAUAUAAAGAAUAAUUUCACUUUCGUUAUAGAUUACGAACAAAAUCAACAAUCCAAUGGAGAUGAUAAUAAUAAUAUAGAGAAUACAAAUGUUUUGAGUGAAAGAUUAAGUACUCCUGUUAAUAGUCAUAAUCAAUGGCCUGGACAACCACCAUUAUAUGAUAUUGAUGCUUUGAAAAGACAUGCUGAAAUGAUAACAAGAUAUAGUAACAACAAAAAAGUUGACUAUCCAAUAAUAUCUUCUCGUCCAUCUUCACAAUCAGAUCAUUCAGGUUCCGGUUCUAUGAGAAAUUCUUCUUCUUCACUUUCACUUAUUGUAGAUCUUCCAAAUGGAUCAGAAAGUGUUCCGAGUAGUCCGAUAUCCACAUAUAGUCCAAAUAGUACAAUGUCUCCAAUAAGUGAUAUUCCAUCUGGCAGAAGUACUCCUCCUCAUAUAUCUCCAAGAAAUCCAUUACGCCAAACUGAUAAAAGUCGUGUGAAAUAUUCUUUUGGAAGUCAGAAUAGUACGUCUGACGUUGGUAGUGAUGAUAAGAGAGAUUCAAAAGAUAGUAGAGCUUCUUCCUCUUCACGUUUUAUGAAUAAAGUAAUUCGUCGUACGAUUAUCAUCACUAAACCAUAUCUUCCUCCUUUACCUGAAGAUCCUUCUUCUGCUUCGACGGCUUCAUCGUUUACAAAUCCAAUAACUGGUUUGAAGAAAAAUAUUGAUGUUAAUGGGAAAAUUCAUGUCGCUUCCGAUGGUCGUCAAUGGUUUCUUUCAAAAAAUACAUCAAAUGAUGAUGAAAAGGAAGAAAAAGAGGUGAAAAGUGAGAAUGUUGAUGAUUCAACAUUAUUAAGCGUUUCUAUUUCAAGAACUUCAUUAAAUAACCGACCUCCAACUCCUAUACCUUCCCCUAAUACAAGGGAAAGUGCUAUAGAUUUACCUUAUGGUAUCCCGAUACCACCGAUACCACCCAUGCCAUCAAUAUCAUCUCCGUAUAGAAAUAGUAUAACGUCAAAAGGUUCAAAGCGUACAAGUAAAUCUAGUAUAGCUUCUUCAUUAAAAUCUUCUUCAAGUAAAUUUAAUAGAAAAUCUAUAGGUAGUAAAAGCAUUUAUAGUAAUUACAGCGAAAGCCUAUAUGAUUAUUAUUAUUAUAGUGAUCAAGAAGGAGCCGAUGAUGAAGACGAUAAUAGUUCUAAUAAUCUUAAUACGAAAAUAAAACAGUUGGAAAGUCAACAUGUUGAAGUAUUAGAAAUGUCAGAUGGUUCUUACGUAUGGCAAGUCGUAAAUGGUUUACGUGAUUUUGGUAGAUUGAAUUAUGGCCGUGAUCUUGAAGAUGAUCAAGUUUCUCAAUUAUCUUUUAAUGAUAAUAAUGAAUCAAUAUAUAGUCAGUUAGAUUAUUAUACUGCUGAUUACCCAAGUCCUUUACAUCUUCCUGGUGUUGAACCUCUAUCUAAACAACAUCAGUAUUUAACUCCUGAUAGAAUAUCUUCUUCACGUAGUAGAAGUCCAAAUAGGUUAAUCAAUAAAGAGUAUUCUUAUUCUAAUGCUUCAUCAAUUUCUUCUAAUGGUGAUGAGAAUUUUAUACCAAGGACAAGUGUAUAUUUUGCUAAAGAUGUUCCAUUGCCAAAGUUAUUAGAAGAAAUGACAAGAGGUUUAGGAAAUGUCGAUUUGGAUAGAGAAGAAAAUCAUUAUGUAUACGGUGGUGAAAUUGAUGCUGGUGGUACCGGUGUUGUUGGUGGAAUGACUGUUGAAGAAAAAUUGGAACGAGUUAUGAGAGCUCUUGGUGUUGAUGAUAGAGAUGCUUAUGUUGAUGAGUAA